AUGGAUCUAAUUAUCUGUGUUUUGGGGCUGCUGGCGCUGCUCGUGGAGGGCAUCCGUUGCCAAGGAGUGUACGCACCUCCGACUGUCCGCAUUAUACACUCAGGGCAUGCCUGUAAUGUUGAGGAGGAGAGACACACGGAGAGAGUCUACACCAUCAGAGAGGGAGAGACCCUGGAGCUCACCUGUCUGGUGACGGGGCAUCCUCGACCACAGAUCCGAUGGACCAAGACAGCCGGCAGCGUGUCGGAUCGUUUCCAGGACUCCAGUGUGUUCAACGAGACGUUGCACAUUGCAAAGAUCCUGAGGACCCAAGGAGGUCGCUACUACUGCAAGGCUGAGAACGGCCUUGGAUCCCCUGCAAUCAAGUCCAUCAGAGUGGAUGUCUACUACCUGGAUGACCCGGUGGUCACGGUGCACCAGAGUAUAGGAGAAGCAAAGGAACAGUUCUACUACGAGAGGACCGUGUUUCUGCGCUGCGUCGCCAAUUCCAACCCGCCCGUCCGCUACAGCUGGCACCGCGGGAGAGAGGUCCUGACGCAGGGCUCGGAUAAAGGAGUGGAGAUCUACGAGCCGUUUUUCACUCAGCUGCAGGGGGAAACGAAGAUUUUGAAGCUGAAGAACCUGCGUCCUCAGGACUACGCCAACUACAGCUGCAUCGCCUCUGUCAGGAACGUGUGCGGGAUCCCCGACCGCAGCGUUAUCUUCAGACUCACCAAUAAGACAGCGUCCCCGUCCAUCAAGCUGCUGGUGGAGGAUCCCAUCGUGGUGAAUCCCGGCCAGACGGUGUCCUUGGUGUGCAUCACCACAGGCGGAGAGCCGCCACCCAUUCUCACCUGGGUCAGCAGCAACGAUAGCCUGCCGCAAAGGAGCGUGGUGAAGGGCGGCACGCUCACGCUUCCCGCCAUCACCUCAGACGAGGCGGGGGUCUACAGCUGCGUGGCCAGCAACAACGUCGGGAACCCGGCCAAGAAGUCGACCACCAUCGUGGUGCGAGCUUUGAAAAAGGGCCGAUUCUGGAUCACUCCUGACCCCUACCACAACGACGACAACAUCCAGAUCGGACGGGAGGUCAAGAUAUCUUGUCAGGUGGAGGCGACCCCCCCAGAGGAGCUGACUUUUAGCUGGCUGAAGAACGGCCGCGCCCUGCGGAGCUCAGAGCGAAUGGUCAUCACUCAGACGGAUCCCGACAUCUCGCCCGGGACCACCAACCUGGACAUCAUAGACCUCAAGUUCACCGACUUCGGCACCUACACCUGCGUGGCGGCGCUGAAGGGAGGCGGCAUCCCUGAGAUCAGCAUCGACGUCAACAUCUCUUCCACAACUGUUCCCCCCAACCUGACAGUCCCCCGGGGCAAGUCCCCGCUGGUGGCCCGCGAGGGUGACACAGUGGAGCUGGAGUGCCUUGUUUCAGGGAAGCCCAAGCCCAUCAUCCUGUGGUCGCGAGCCGACAAGGAGGCGCCGAUGCCGGACGGCAGCAUGCAGAUGGAGAGCUACGACGGCGUGCUGCGGAUUGUUAACGUGUCCAGGGAGAUGACGGGCUCGUACCGCUGCCAGACCAGCCAGUAUAACGGGUUCAACGUGAAGCCCCGGGAGGCCGUGGUGGAGCUGAUCGUACAAUACCCUCCGACGGUGGAGCCGGUGUACAUGGAGAUGCGUCAGGGCCUGGGGAGACCUGUGGUGAUGACCUGCAGGGUGCUGAGAGCCCAUCCUUCCCGUGUGCUGCGAUUUGAGUGGCUCCUGUCAAACCGGCUGCUCCAUGCCGGAGCCUUCGACGCCCAAAGAGACGAGACAGAGUACACAAUCCGCAGCCUGAACCGAGACGGCUGGGGGGAGUACACCUGUAAUGUCAUCAACGAGGCCGGAGCGGGCAAAUGCACCUUCCAGGUUACAGGCAAGGCCUACCCUCCAGAGUUCUACUACGACACCUACAGCCCUCUGUGGCAGAACAGACCCAGAGUCUACGGCUUCAAGCUCCAGUGGACACAGAUGAACCCCAACGCCGUGGACCGCAUUGUCGCCUACAGACUCGGCAUCAGACAGAUGGGGUUGCAGCGCUGGUGGGAGCAGGAGAUCCCUGUGGACGGAGCAAUCAACAAAGGAGAGCUCAUGACACACAACCUGACUGAGCUCAUAAAGCCUGAAUCCUAUGAAGUGCGCCUCACCCCCAUCACACGUUUUGGAGAGGGUGACUCCACUAUCCGGAUUGUCACGUACAGCGCUCCCAUCAACCCUCACCUGAGAGAGUUCCACUGCAGCUUCGAGGAGGAGCCCAUCUGCAUGUUCACCCAGGACAAGAAUGAUGAUUUCGACUGGACGCGGCACAGCGCUGCUACACGCGAUACCAAGUACACACCAAACACCGGACCCAGCGGUGACCGCAGUGGUUCCAAACAGGGUUUCUACAUGUAUAUUGAGACGUCAAGACCACGAAAGGAAGGGGACCAGGCACGGCUUGUGAGUCCUUUUUUCAACGUGGCUCCUAAAAACCCUUACGGCAUCACCAACCCACCUGCCUACUGCUUCGGCUUCUUCUACCACAUGUAUGGAAAACACAUAGGAACACUAAACGCCCUCCUAAAACAGAAGGGCCAGACGACCUCCGAGGGUCCCGUGUGGUCGCUCAACGGUAACCAAGGUGACCGCUGGAAGCAGGCGAAAGUAAGCAUCCAUCCGACGGCAUCCUUCCAGGUAGUACUCGAGGGUAUCCGAGGACCAGGUAUCGAGGGAGACAUCGCCAUCGAUGAUGUCACGCUGGAGGAAGGGGAGUGUCGAGACCCACCGCCCAAUCUCAGCUCCACGGACCCGCUCACAUCCUCCCAUAUAUGGCUGCUAUGCAUCACCUUGGUGAUGACCCUCCUGGAAGGUCAGAGGUGACCCUUCUCUCCGUCACCUCAGAGGCGAAUAUUCAGACCCACCGUCUGUGAACUAUACCCUCGGCAUCCAAUCACCAAAGAUUCAUGCAUCCUGAAAGCAGCAGGGGUCCCCUGACAGACCACGGAGCGGCCGGAAUUAACAAAGGACGGAAAAAAUAAAAAAGUUACACAAAAAGUAAUAAAGAAGAUGCGCUAAUUUUUUUAAAAGAGACCUCUUUUACAGAAAACGCUCCUCGGUGCGGGACUCUGGACGUCUUUACGAGCACAAAGACAGGUGGGCGGCGAACGAGCCCCGGACUUUGGCGAAAGAGUUCACAAGCGUCGAGGGAGGACAGUUUGUAAAGCACAAGAACAAUUUUAUGAAGCUAUGAAAAUACUUUUGGAAGGCGGCGGAGUAUAGACACUGCUGACUUUUUGAAGAGGACACUUCCCUGCUUACAAACACAUCGGAAUCAGACCUUUCUCUGUGUAUCUUUAUCUUCAUUUUCUCGCACCAGAUGCCAAUCACCGACACUUGUUUUUCACUCUCGCCCGGCCUCACGUCACACCUCAGCAUUUCUUUAUCUGCUUGGUGCUGUACUGUAGAAAAACAAGGACUCUGGCAACAUUUAGUUCUGUCUGCUUACCC